AUGACGAAGAAAGAAUGCGGGACCCAAACCUAUACCUCGAUCGAAGUGAACUCACGAUCAGGACCGCAACCAGAUAAUGGACUGGAUGCCCAGCGGUUGCGGCACGCCGCCGAUUUCGGGGCUUCGUUCAUCAUAUCCGGCAUCCUGGCGGUAACGUUCAGGACGAUGACUGCUCCUUUAGAAAGGGUUAAAUUGAUUUUACAGACUCAGGCGAGUAGCCAUCAAAUAGCUCAUUCGGAUCGAACCGCGUACAGAGGAAUUACAAACGCUUUUAUCAGGAUACCGAAGGAACAAGGAUUUUUCUCCCUAUGGCGCGGGAAUUUGAUCAACAUUUGUCGAUACUUCCCCGCGCAAGCGAUCAAUUUUUCCUUCUUCGAUUUAUACUAUGAAAUCUUUGAGCAAGUGAUUGAGUCGAGGACAGCUCACACCCACGACAUUCUACCGUUCCUAGCCGGCGGUGCCGUCGGCUUCACUUCCUGCACGCUUCUCUAUCCCCUUAGUUUCUGCAAUACCCGAAUAACCGUGGACAUCGGCGACAGCAAAGAAAUUAAGAGGGAAUUUCACGGUUUGCAUGACUGCAUGUAUAAAGUGUAUAAAAGCGAUGGCUACAGAGGGUUUUAUCAAGGAUUGACGUUCGCCUCUACCGGCCUGACCAUCUACAGGGGUAUUUAUUUCGGCGUUUACACGCUUGGUAAACGGACGUAUUUGGGCAUUUCUGGACAGGAUAAUCAUACUUUGCACGCGCCGUUCAUGGUAUCUCUAUCCCUCGCUAUAUCGGCGUCAGCGAUUGCAACGUACAUGUCCUAUCCGUUGGACACGUUGUCCAGACAGAAAAUGCUUUUUAGCGGGCGUGGUGUCCAUAAUUAUGUACCGGUUAAAAAGCUAAUUGGUAAUAUCAUGAAGAAAGAUGGCUUACGUGGCUUUUACAAAGGUGUCAAUGCUAAUUUAUUGACCACUCUUUGCGGAUCCUUACUUCUGGCUACCUAUGACAUAAUCAGGGGACUUUACGACACGAUGAAAGAGAGCAAAGCUUCCAAAUCCGAUGCUUGA